AUGCCGCACCGAGAGACACAGAAAAGAUCAAGAAGGAAAUAUGCCGUGUAUUUAACCAAAAUGGACUACGCAUCACAAUUGAAGCCAAUAAACAGAUCAUUAACUUCCUAGACGUCACCUUUAACCUUAACAACAGCACCUACCGGCCCUUCACAAAGCCUAACACCACGCUACAGUACGUCCAUCGCGAGAGCAACCACCCACCGAUCACCACAAAGAACAUACCCGCCGGCAUCAACAGACGGCUAUCAUCCCUUUCAUCGGACAAAGCAUCAUUCGACCAAGCCACCCCCCCUUUACCAAAAAGCACUCGACGAAAGCGGAUACCACUACACUCUACACUACGAACCGACUACAACUGCUAAACGGAGAAACAGACAACGCAACAACAUCCUCUGGUAUAACCCCCCAUUCAGCAAAAACGUCAACACCAACAUCGGUCACAGAUUCCUCACCCUAGUAGACAAACACUUCCCUAAAGAGAACAAACUCAGAAAAAUCUUCAACCGCAAUACCAUCAAGAUCAGUUACAGUUGCAUGAAUAACACUAAACAAAUUUUCGACAACCACAACAAGCGUAUCCUGAAUGCAUCCAAACACACAGAUAAAUCCACAGAUAACUCUGUUGACAACAAAUCAUGUAACUGCCGACAAAAAAACUCAUGCCCUCUUAACGGAAACUGCCUUCAAUCAUCAGUUAUCUACCAAGCAAUCGUCAAACGUAACGACAAUAACACUUUUGAAACAUACAUCGGACUCACAGAAAACCCCUUCAAAACUAGGUACAGAAACCACACUGCAUCAUUCCGUCACACAAAACACAGGAACUCUACGGAACUAAGUAACAUGUAAGUAAACACGUCUGGUCCCUGAAAGACAACAACAUUGACUAUUCUAUUUCAUGGCGUAUCAUUUCAUCUAGCUCAUCGUAUAACAGUUCAAGUAAAAGGUGUAACCUUUCCCUCAAAGAGAAAUUUUUAAUUAUCUGUCGCCCCAAUCUAUCAUCACUUAACAAACGUAACGAACUUGUAUCUUCUUUCCGCCACAGAAACAAAGCGUUGCUAUGUAACAAUUAAACAUUUAAAUCUAAAUUUUUCCCAACAAUGUAAUCUCAAAGUAUAUAGUCGAUGGUUAUGAAUAUUCUUAUCAUUAAAAUCCCUUGAAGAGUGAGAGAUCACGAAACAGGCUUGUCGGGAUGAAAGUGUAGUUUUUUUCCUACUUCCAAUAUUUAUAUUGCUAUCAACUAUAUAUCUAUUGUCUCAGCCUCGCAUUACCCUGUUACAGUCAAAACCACAACCAACUACUCAAACAUUUGCUAUUUGCUUUUAAAAUCUUUUUUGAUCAGAUUUUUGUACAUUUUUGUUUUAUGGGAGGUUU